AUUCUCUCUCCCAGGAACAUGGCGGCGAGUCAGGGAGGUGGUGGUAACAGCGGGGGCGGCGGUUGUGGUGGAGGUGGAAGCAGCGGUGGCUGUGGCGGGGCCGGAGGCGGCGGCGGCGGGGCCGGAGGGGGAGGUGGCGGCGGCGGCGGCGGCGGCGGCGGCGGCGGCGGCGGGACCGUGGUCGUGCCCAUCCCGGUACCGACUCUUUUCGGUCAGCCGUUCCCUAACGGGCCUCAGUGGAACCCAGGGAGUGUGCAGCCUCAACACACCGUGAGGAGCCUGGACCGGGCCCUGGAGGAGGCGGGCAAUUCUGGCAUCCUGAGCCUCAGUGGUAGGAAACUCCGAGACUUCCCCGGCUGUGGCUACGACCUGACUGACACCACCCAAGCAGAUCUUUCCAGAAAUCGUUUUACAGAAAUUCCUUCUGAUGUCUGGUUAUUUGCACCUCUGGAAACAUUAAAUUUAUAUCAUAAUUGCAUCAAAACCAUUCCUGAAGCCAUUAAAAACCUUCAGAUGUUAACAUACCUUAACAUUAGUCGAAAUCUUUUAUCAACAUUGCCAAAAUACCUAUUUGAUCUUCCCCUUAAAGUUUUGGUUGUAAGCAAUAAUAAACUGGUAUCCAUUCCUGAAGAAAUUGGAAAAUUAAAAGAUUUAAUGGAAUUGGAUAUUAGCUGUAAUGAAAUUCAGGUCCUUCCCCAACAAGUGGGAAAAUUGCAUUCACUUAGAGAGCUAAAUAUAAGAAGAAAUAAUCUUCAUGCACUGCCUGAUGAAUUAGGUGAUCUUCCUUUAGUCAAGUUGGAUUUCUCUUGUAAUAAGGUGACUGAAAUUCCAGUUUGUUACCGGAAGCUGCAUCAUUUACAAGUGAUGAUUUUGGAUAACAAUCCACUGCAAAUACCACCAGCACAGAUAUGCUUAAAGGGUAAAGUACACAUAUUUAAGUACUUAAAUAUUCAAGCAUGUUGCAGAAUGGAUAAGAAGCCAGAUUCUCUGGAUCUUCCAUCUUUAAGUAAAAGAAUGCCCUCCCAGCCUCUCACAGACAGUAUGGAAGAUUUUUAUCCAAAUAAAAAUCAUGGUCCAGAUUCUGGAAUUGGAAGUGAUAAUGGAGAGAAACGAUUAUCUACAACAGAGCCAUCAGAUGAUGAUACAAUCAGCCUUCACUCUCAAGUCUCAGAAUCAAAUAGAGAACAGGUAUCAAGAAAUGAUAGUCACACAGUAGGAAGUAAACCCGAUUGUCCAAAAGACCAGGAGGUAUAUGAUUUUAUUGAGCCCAGCAUGGAAGAUGUUGCAGUUCUUGAACAAGGAGAUGCAUGUACCGGAGCAUUUACUUCUUUCCUUACGGGAAAAGAAAAAUGUUCUGAAAAAUCUCAGAAAAACGACGAAUUAGGAGAUGAAAAAAGACUUGAGAAAGAACAGUUACUUGCAGAGGAAGAGGAUGAUGAUUUAAAGGAAGUAACUGAUUUGAGGAAAAUAGCCGCUCAGUUAUUGAAGCAAGAACAGAAGAACAGGAAUCUUAAUCAUGCAACUUCUGUCAUGAGAAACAAGCUGAAACAAAGUGUGGAAUGUGAAAAAAGUGUCUCAGCAGAUGAUGUUAAUUCACCGUUAUCACCCCUUACAUGGCAGCCCUUAGAAAAUCAAAAGGAUCAAAUAGAUGAACAGCAGUGGCCAGAGUCUCAGCCUAUAGUCUGGCAAAGUGAAGAAAGGAGACGGAGCAAACAGAUUAGAAAAGAAUACUUUAAGUAUAAAUCUAUGAGGAAAAGUUCCAGUGGCAAUGACAAUGACGAGGAAUUUGACAGAACUGACAAUUUUCCACAUGGCCCCUUUGGCUUGAAACCUAGAUCAGCUUUUAGCCGCUCACCUCGCCAGGAAUAUGGGGCAGCUGAUCCAGGAUUUACAAUGAGAAGAAAGAUGGAACACUUACGAGAAGAGCGAGAGCAAAUAAGGCAACUUCGCAAUAAUCUUGAAUCCAGGUUAAAAGUGAUUUUGCCUGAUGACAUUGGAGCUGCACUGAUGGAUGGGGUUGUUCUUUGCCAUUUAGCCAAUCAUAUAAGGCCACGCUCGGUAGCUAGUAUUCAUGUACCAUCACCCGCAGUGCCCAAACUGAGUAUGGCAAAAUGUCGAAGAAAUGUAGAAAAUUUUCUUGAUGCUUGUAAAAAGUUGGGUGUCUCACAGGAAAGACUCUGCUUGCCUCAUCAUAUUUUGGAAGAACGAGGUCUGGUGAAAGUUGGUGUCACAGUUCAGGCACUCCUGGAAUUACCUACAAUCAAGGCAUCCCAGCUUUCUAUGGCUUGACACAACAUUUUCCAAUCUUAUUAAGUGUUUAAUUUAUUUGGAGUAUUUUCAGAUAUCUCAAAUUAAUGAAUAAGAGUGUCACAUCAAAAAUAGUUUACCUUAGGUCAAACCUUAGGGUUUUAAAAAGUUAUAUUAAAGCAUCAAAUUUGAACUUUGAGUGGCCCAAAUGUAUUUUGGGAGAAAACUGGAUUAAUUUAAUAAGUUUGUGAUAAAUUCAAAUUUUCGUUUGCUAAGUUAGUUGAUAGCCUUGCGGUUUUUUUUCAGAAAGCCAACUGAUAAUAAAUUGAAAAUGUACUUUCAAUUUAGUAACCACAUUAGAUUUCAUUUUUUUUACAUCAAAACAUUCUAAUAAAUAUCUGGGUAUAAGCCUUUUUAAAAACAGUUUAAAACUAUUCCAUGUUUGAAUUAUUUAAUAUACUUCCAAUUCUGGUUUAUACACAGCUUUUGUUUCCAAAUCUUUGGUCUUAGUUUUCUAGAAGAACUAGUAGGAAAAAAACAACUCUGGCUUUAUAUUAAAUUCUUUUAGUAUUAUAGGUUGGUGCCAAAAUAUUUUAAGUUGUACUGUAGAUUGUUUACAUGUGAAGUGCCUGUGUAAUUGAUGACUCUUAUAUAGUCUUAAGCAAUUUUGCCAUUUCUUUUUAUGUAUUAAUAGAUUCAAUGGAACCUAAAAUAUUUUAGUAGGUUUUUAAGGUCAGUAAUAUGUGAGGAUUUAAACAUUCCCUCAAUUUGAUAUUUGUGAUUUUUUUAGUUAAUCCCUUGCGAUUUUCCACAAAUUGGUUAUUUCAUGUUGCUAAAAAAGCAUUGUUAAUAUGCUUAAUUUAUGCUAUUUAAUUUUCUAAAAGUCAAUCAUCUUUUAAAAUGUAUUAUUUGAGGAAUAUUUUAUUUUUGUGUUGAAAACGUUACACAAAACAGUAAUGUUUUUGAGUACUAGGAAGUACCUAUUAUCAAGGACAUUUUGAUACAACUGCCAAAGUUUGGGUUUGUAUAUUAAUUUUUAGGAACAUUAUGUUAGUGCUGCCUUUAGUUAUAUUCAGAAAUUAGCAAAUGAGAAUAGUUUAAUUGAAGUCUGGCUGUUUGAGGAUCCUAAACACCUUACAAUCUUCAAUUAAUUUGGUGUUGAAUUAAAUAGACCAUUCCAUAAAUAUUUUCAUAAUGCACUGUGUUACAUAAAGUCCUUGUUUAAUUUAGAGAAGGAUAAUUAUGUUGGUAAUAGUGCAGGAGUUUUUCAAAACCAUUACUGUAACAACACAAUUCUUACAGGAGAAUCUUAAUAAUUCCUUUUAUAGUAGCCAAGCAAAUAGCGUAUCUUAAAUAUGUGAUCAUUUGCACUUGUUACCUCAUAAUAUGGAUGCAACUUAUUAAAAUGUGUUGGCCUGGGUAUUUCAAAGGUUAUAUGUAAAAGGUAAAAACUAGUGUGCCAAAUGGUAUAUAGUAAUAAUUGCUUUAGGAACAACUCUGUGUUUUUGAUCAAUUGGCAUGAAGCCAUAUAAUUAUAUUUUGGCUUUGGAACACAAAUGUGUUCUUUACAUUCUCCAAGAGUGAAAUUGGAGCUUGUAAAGAAUUAAAUUUUCUUAUGAGUAUGAAGUUUAAGAAUUAAACUAUUAGUAAUUUAUUGCUUUAAGUAUUUGAGCUAAUUAGUUAUUUUUCCAUUGGAUCUAAGCACACACGCGC